CGUAGACUCCUUUGUAUUUGUUGUAAAAAAAUAAAUAUUUAAAUUUUAUAUUCCCAUUUCUUUGCUAGUAUAAAGUUAAAAUUCAAGGACACAUAAUAUAAAUUUAACGUGUUUUUGUUGACAUUAUCGAUAAUCGUUUUUCGAUGAGCUCAUCACGACGGGGUCCUACAAAGAUAAUUCAAGUACCGAAACAAAACCACUUAGUUUCGUAAAUAAGGAGACAUUUUACUUAAUAGAUAAAACUGCAUAUCUAAUUGGGUAAUCGAUAUCCCACUGUUUAAGUACUUUUGAAGACGUCAUGGCGUUAGCAACCUCCAUUUAAAAUGAGUGCAACAGCGUUGACGAACCAUUUUGGGUCUAAGUUAUUGUCAGUGAUUCCAAACUAUUUGAAUUUCUACUACCAACUUUGAAAAUGUUUAUUAUUUUGUCUGCAAUAUUACUUAUUAGUGUGAAAGCUGCACCUGUUCCCGAUGAAUUAGUUGGAGAAUACGGGGAUAAAUUCGAAGGAGACAUGCUGCUGACCGAAAAGCAAAAGCUUGCCAUAAACAAUGCUAUACAAUCACGUAAUGGAUUAAAAAAUGAUACUUUACGUUGGCCUAAUCGAACAGUUGUUUAUCAUAUCGAAGAAGACGAUUUUGAUGAUGAAGAAAUUGAAGUAAUACUUGGUGGGUUAUCUGAGCUAUCGAAUAAAUCAUGUGUCGAAUUCCGAGCCAGAGAAGGCAACGAGUAUGCUGUGAUUAUAGAGAGUAGUGCGAACGGCUGUUUCUCCAGCGUGGGCUUUAGCAAAGGCGAUCACGAGGAUGGAAUUAAUCAGGUUCUGAACCUCGGUAAAGGAUGCAUUAGACAAGGAGUCGUCAUUCAUGAAAUGUUGCACACCCUCGGAUUUUAUCAUAUGCAGAGUACAUACGACAGAGAUGACUUUGUUAAAAUCGUGUGGGAAAAUAUUGCAUCUGGACACGAACAUAACUUUGAGAUGUACAAGAAUGACACAGUGACAGAUUUCGGAGUUCCCUACGACUACGGUAGCGUCAUGCAUUAUUCAGAGCAUGCGUUCUCUAAAAAUGGCGAAAAAACAAUAAUACCGUUGCAGGAAAACGUGAAAAUAGGCCAGAGAGAUGCUUUAUCUGUCAGCGAUAUAGAAAAAUUAAACAAAAUGUAUUGUACUGACGAGAACCUCGCACGCGUGCCUCUAAAAUAGUUUUUGUCACCGAUGUAAGAUGGUGGCUUUUUAGUCCUUCGGUUCUACCGAUACAAAAUUGUCGUCCUAUUAUUAUAGCAAUAUUAAGUUUUUCUUACUAUCUCCUUGUUUUGUUUCAUUGAAUAAUAUGUAUUUUUUUGCUGUGGUACAAAUAAAACAAC